CGCCCGCACCGAGCGCCGGCGUGCUGUCCGGAUCGCCGCCCGCCAUGGCCCGCGCUGCCCGGCUCCUCGCCGCGCUGGCCGCGCUCCUGGCAGCCGCCGCCACAGGCGGAGACGCCCGGCCCAGCAAAAUCGCCGUGGUUGGGGCCGGAAUUGGGGGCUCCGCUGUAGCCUAUUUCCUCCAGCAACACUUUGGGCCCCGGGUGCAGAUCGACGUGUUUGAGAAGGGGACUGUGGGUGGCCGCCUCGCCACCAUCUCCGUCAAUAAGCAGCACUACGAGAGCGGGGCCGCCUCCUUCCACUCCCUGAGCCUGCACAUGCAGGACUUCGUCAAGCAGCUGGGCCUGAGGCACCGGCGAGAGGUGGUGGGCAGGAGCGCCAUCUUCAACGGGGAGCACUUCGUGCUGGAGGAGACAGACUGGUACCUGCUGAACCUCUUCCGCCUCUGGUGGCACUACGGCAUCAGCUUCCUGCGGCUGCAGAUGUGGGUGGAGGAGGUCAUGGAGAAGUUCAUGAGGAUCUACAAGUACCAGGCCCAUGGUUACGCUUUCUCGGGCGUGGAGGAGCUGCUCUACUCACUGGGGGAGUCUGCCUUCGUCAACAUGACCCAGCGCUCCGUGGCGGAGUCCCUGCUCCAAGUGGGCGUCACUCAGCGCUUUAUCGACGAUGUCGUCUCCGCUGUCCUGCGGGCCAGCUAUGGCCAGUCUGCAGCAAUGCCUGCCUUCGCCGGAGCCAUGUCACUAGCUGGGGCCCAGGGCAGCCUGUGGUCUGUGGAGGGAGGCAACAAGCUGGUUUGCUCUGGCCUGCUGAAGCUCACCAAGGCCAACGUGAUCCACGCCACAGUGACCUCUGUGACCCUGCAAAAUACGGAAGGGAAACCCUUGUACUAUGUGGAGUACGAGAACGAGGUGGGCAAUGGGUCCGACUUCUAUGACAUAGUGGUCAUUGCCACGCCCUUGCACCUGGACAACAGCAGCAGCUCCAUCACCUUUGAAGGCUUCGACCCGCCCAUCGAUGCCGCCCAGGGCUCUUUCCAGCCCACCGUGGUCUCCUUGGUCCACGGCUACCUCAACUCUUCCUACUUUGGUUUCCCCGACCCCAAGCUCUUCCCCUUCGCCAGCAUCCUCACCACAGAUUUCCCCAACUUCUUCUGCGCCCUAGACAACAUCUGUCCCGUCAACAUCUCGGCCAACUUCCGGCGGAAGCAGCCCCAGGAGGCCGCUGUCUGGCGAGUCCAGUCCCCCAAGCCCCUCCUCCGGUCCCAGCUGAAGACCCUCUUCCGCUCCUACUACUCGGUGCAGACUGCCGAGUGGCGGGCCCACCCCGUGUAUGGUUCCCCCGGCACCCUCCCGCGCUUCGCCCUCCACGACCAGCUCUUCCACCUCAAUGCCCUGGAGUGGGCGGCCAGCUCGGUGGAGGUGAUGGCCGUGGCUGCCAAGAACGUGGCCCUGCUGGCCUACAACCGCUGGUACCAGGACCUGGACAAGAUCGACCAAAAGGACCUGAUGCACAAGGUGAAAACUGAGCUAUGAGGGUCUGGGGAGAGCCUGGAAGCGC